UCUCGAAAGAGUAGCCUACUAAACAGCCACUUGGACUAAGCAACUAUUUUUCACGCAGAUUGUGAGGAGUUACUUAAUUUCAGUGCCUACUUUAUGUGUGAAGGAGGAGAGACUGUUUAACAAGAAGUACACAGCUGAGAAAGAUUGUCAUCAUGAAGUUACAUGUGACAUUAUUUUUUGCCGGGCUCUUCGGUGCCUUGGCAACUCUGUUCAUUCUCUUGUCUUUUGGCACGGACUAUUGGCUCUUGGCAUCUGAGACCUGCAAUUCCCAUUCAAAAGGUCUGGUUACUUUGCAGCGAGGUGAUAUUGUGGUUAACCAGGGUCAGGACCACUUUAGUGAAGACCAGGACAUUACCUUUCAUCAUGAAGGCUUCUUUUGGCGCUGUAGCUUUAAUGAAAUCAUGGACGGUGAUGAUCUGUGGAAGUUCUGGUUUGAAAAUCAGCCACACGCGAGGGAAUGCAAACCUGCAUAUCUUCUUCCCUUUCCAUUCCCUGACCAGAGCUACAACACUACCAGUUAUCAGACUGCCAUAAUCUACAGAGGCUUCUGGAGCGUCUUUAUGUUGCUCGGUGUGGCUGCUGUGGUGGCCGGAGGCUUCAUUGUUAUUUGCGCAGCUCCAUUUGCCAAUCAUUGCCUUUAUAAAGCAGGAGGUGGACUCUACCUCAUUUCUGGUUUCUUGCUUCUCGUUGUCACUGUUAUGUAUGUUUUUUGGUUAGAUGUUUUGGAUGUAAUAAGCUCGUAUAAGGAAUAUCAGACGUAUAAGUGCUCUGGUUUCGAGCUCAGUUUGAGUUAUGGCCUCUCUUUCAUGUUUGCUCCUGUGGGCGUGUUCUUCUGUCUUCUGUCUGGUCUUCUCUUCCUAGUGAUUGGCCGAGCAGUCCAACAUCAUUAUAACUGAACCUCCUGAACGGUUUCAAAACAAUUGCACAAAAUGCAUUAAAGUGAUAGUAGACCUCAAAAUUAAAACUGUCAUCAUUUACACCCCCCCCCCCCAAACUCAGUCUGCAGUCAUUUCACCGCCACCUAUCUUUCAAGUGGACCACUGACACCCCUAAUUGAGAUUGGUCCUGUCCCAAAUCGAUCACUUCAUGUGCAGACUUACAAUUAAAUUGAUUUUAAUGUAUGUUUUAGCUGUGAUUCCCAUUCACAUCAAUCAUAAGACUGACAGACUGCGACGGGUUGUGAUAAAAAUCUCAGUUUGUGUUCUACUGAAGAAACAAAGUCACCUACAUCGUAGAUGCCCUGGGGGUCAGCAGAUAAACCUCAAAUUUUCAUUUUUGGGUGAACUAUCCCUUUAACCUUUAAACAUUUCCAGAACCAAAAACUGUAUUCCAUUGAUAAAGUAACAAAGGAAGCCAAAUGAGAAUGCAGUUUUAAGACAAUAUUACGAUCCCAUCAGAGACAGACAGAAGACGAGACACUGACAGGUGCGUCCUUAUAACAGCAGAAUGGCUGAGAGCAAUGACUCAUCUAUAUGGCAGGUGACAGCUGUGUGCACUCUCACUGUAGGACUGUUAGAGGCAAUGGUACAAACAUUAAACUUAAGCAUGCAUAUCAACAGAUGUAUUACUGCAUGCUCUCUUUCCAAACCGUUUGCCACAUAACUCACUGAGGGUGUGUGUAUCUAUUUCUGCAUGUUUGUAUAUAUAGGCUAUUACUGUCAGUCUUUAGUGUGUCUUUGUCUCUAUUUGGUUUCUCUCGGGGCCAACUGUAGGCCUCCUGCAAUGCUAUGCAGUGUGUUAUUUAAAGGUCUUGGAUAAUAUUGCACAUGAGAAGAGAGCUGAGUGUGCUCAUGCUGACUGAAAGGAUUUAAACCAGUUUGACCAUUUUUUUCCUGAAAAAGGCUGCAGAUAUACUGUGCUAAACUAGUUUUCACUAUAUGACCUGUGAGUCAUUUGAUUUGUGGGGGUCCAUCUACAUUUCAGCCACUAGAGGUCACUGUUACAUGAGAAAUCAAUGCGUACUUAAAACACUAGACAAUGAAAGGGAGUAUAUGAUGUUAGAAAUUAAUGUAUGUCUGACACGCGAGACAGUUAAAUAAAUAUAACAUUAUGAACUAACAGUUUUCCAUUUUUAUUGGUCUGGUAAUAUCUUGUUCAUACUUUACUAAAAGGACCUAU